UACAUUCCUCCACACUCACGCAUUGUCAUGUCAUGGCUGCUUUCAGCACUGCCAACCCACUUGCACCAAUUUAUGAUUCCUAUCAUUGGCUUUCAUACUCCCUGGCUUACUGCUCAGCCCUUUGCCUAACUAUUGAUUUCGCUCUUUCUCUCUGGACUCCAUCUCUGCCUCACCAAUCACCCCAUCUUCAGCAGUUUUCCACCUUUUCCGAGCUCUGAAGAAGGAUCGCCAGACACAAAACAUUAACUCUGCUUUCUCUCCACAGAUGCUGCCUGACCGGUUAAGGUUCUGCAGCAAUUUCUGAUUUGCAUCUCUAGAACAUUACCUGGAUCUCUGGAUUAUGAUUAGUCUGGGCCAUCAUCUCUGCCUUGUGUUUCAAGUUUUGCUCAUCACAGUAAGAAACCUGUCCAGCACCACAAAUAAUCUCCAAUAGAAAAAUGUGAAUUAUGAGAAUUUAUGAGGUGAGUCAAAGACCGUGAAAAAUAUGUGAAAUAUACUGCUGUGCAUUUAUUUCAGUUGCUGGGCCAAAUUCCUGGAACUCCCUUCUGUGGAUAUAUCUCUGGACUACAGUGGUUAAAGAAGGGUUUUACAUUUAUUGAAGAGGAUGUCGAGGCGCAGUGAUCGUUUGCAAGCCAAGCAGGCAAAAUCAGAGGAACAAAAGGAUGACGCUAUUCAGUCAAAGAAAAGGAAACCCGAAGAAUGUAGUGAUCAUAACCAUGAAACAGAAGUGAGCAAGAGACGGCAACAGUUCCAGAUACAGAGUUGCUGGACACCCAUAGUACCUGGAGGUGUUAGUCCUUGCGUCCUUAUCCCCACGCCACACAAAGAUGCUGAUGUUACUGAAGACUUUUCCAGGUUCUCACAAUAUAGGUUUAAAAAUCUAUUUCUAACCAAAUCGCCUCUACCACCUCUUAGCUGGGGAAGCUCUGAAGAUGUGUGGUCGAAUAUGAUGGAAAAAGAAAUCAAGUAUACUCACAACAAAAAUGUUCUCUCGCUACACCCAUCCUUGCAGCCGAAAAUGAGAGCAAUUUUAUUGGAUUGGCUCAUAGAGGUUUGCGAGGUCUACACGCUCCAUAGAGAAACCUUUUACCUUGCUCAGGAUUUUUUUGAUCGGUUCAUGUUUACUCAAGAGAAUAUUCAUAAAAGCAAGCUGCAACUCAUUGGCAUCUCCUCACUGUUCAUUGCCGCAAAACUGGAGGAAAUCUACCCUCCAAAAUUGAAUGAGUUUGCAUAUAUCACAGAUGGUGCAUGUACAGAAACUGAAAUACUUGAUAUGGAAUUGAUCAUUUUAAAGGCCUUAAACUGGGAGCUGUGUCCAGUGACUAUUAUUUGCUGGUUGAAUCUUUAUCUUCAAAUUAUCUGUUUAAAAGAGAUACCCAAAAUGUCGCUACCGCAGUAUUCUCAGGAAACUUUUAUACAGAUUGCUCAGCUUUUAGAUCUGUGUAUCCUUGAUGUUGAGAGUUUGAGUUUCCCAUAUGGUGCUUUAGCUGCUGCUGCUGUGUGCUACUACACCUCUACAGAAGACACUUUCAAGGCAUCAGGCCUGGAAUGGGACAGCAUCUCUGCAUGUUUUAACUGGAUGGUCCCGUUUGCUAAAACCCUGAGUGAAGGUGAGCCAAUAAAAUUAAGAGAUUUCAAGCAAGUGGCAGAUGAAGACAGACACAACAUUCAAACGCAUACUAAGUACUUAGAUUUGCUGGAGGAAGCGCACAUCAGGAAAGCAGAGUGUACUGCAAGGCUAUCCCCUGUGUCCAUAGGAGGAAUCCUGACUCCACCUAAAAGUACUGAGAAGCCAUUGGCUGGUUCAACAUAUUGAAUGAAUGAAUUUACUGGAAGAGCAAAAAGCUAGGACUCAAUAUUGGAGAACUGUGGAAUUGCAUACUGUGAGCUCGGGCUAUAUUACUGCCACAAAAGGUAUCUGGAAACUUGAGCAGACCAAAGUUUUUAAAAAUAACUACAGCAAUGCAUCAUCUAAUGUUUUAAAGAGUAAGUAAGCUAGGUACUAGCACCAG